AUGCCGGCCUAUGAGCUCUUCCAAAACCUGACCCAACGUGCAUGUGUUCCAUGCUCCUCGGCGGCCCCCAUAUGCCCUCAGUGUAGCGCGAAUGAGCAGUGUAUCAUCAUUGAUGAGAGCUGCUCUGCGUGCGCCCAGGCGAAAUGCCAAUUGAUCGCCAGUCUCAGCCAUAGCUCAGGCGGCGUCAGCUCGGGCGCAGUCGCAGGUGCGGUCGUCGCCUCGAUCAUCUUCCUUGCCCUCGUUGUCGGUGCGUUCUGGUUCUACCGCAGGCGCCUUCGCCAGCGGCGCGCGGCCACCGCAGCAGCUAGCGACUCCAAGACCGACGCGCCCGCGCGCGCAGAAGACGUGCUUAACCGGCCGGACCCCAACGAGAAGGCGAUUCCUGAGGAGCAGAGCACAGUCCGGAUCUAUGCGGGCGCGUCUGGCACAAUCAACCUCGACCCCGAAUCGCAGGCAGGGUCUGUCGCACGCGCGACAGACGGCCAUGACUCGCGCCGCGGUUCUGCGCAAGACAAUCCAUUCGGUGACAAUCACUCAAUCCAGACGACGUCGACGGGCACGCAGUCCAAUGUGAUUCCGAUUGCACUGGUGCCGCCUGCGUCAUUCCACGCACCUUCGCCGCACAACUCGAACGAGAGUUUCAGCGGGUCACAGGCGUCCUCUGGGCCCAGGCGUCCCGUGCGUACCCCUGAUGUCAAUCUCAACGGGGACGAGACUCGUGAGAAUGCAGUUGCCAACGACGACCAAUCCACGCGAUCUGACUCUACGACGGCACACAACCCGCGUGCGUCGUACAUGUCCACGGGUAGCUACGCCAGCGACCUUUUGAGCGAGGCGCCCGUUAUUAUUACGCCAACCCGUGGCCUCGUCAAGCAGCAGGUCAUGGGCCUUGUCAAGGCAGAGGUGAUUCGCACGCCUCCUGGCGGCACUCCUUCCAAGGAUGGGGACGGCCUUCGUGCGCCCGCCGCGAACCGUCUUCUGGCGCGCUCUUCUCCACUCGCAGUGUCGAGCUUCGGCCCCUCGGACGUUGUACACGAGGCCGUGGAGGACGAGCAAGAGGUCAGCGUACGUGCAAAUCCUUUCGACGAUUCACAUAGCCCCUACAAUCUUGAUGGCUCACAGCGCUCACCCGCCCCGUCUGCCUCGACGUUCGGGUCCCCCGAGCGCGGGACACCUGAAUCUGGCCAGGUUACUCCGAACCAGUACGCUGAGGAGAAUGGCUGGACAUCAGACGGCGCGCACCGUCCCAUGAGCACAUACACGCAAGCCGCCUCGAUUAUGGGCUCCGUCAUUGGCGCGGACAUUGGCAGUGCAACGCGCGUCCACCUCGGUUUCCAACAGCUUGGGGUGCCCUCGACCGAGGUAGUGCCGCAUACCGCUUCGAGUGGCGUUCUGAACUCGCCUCGCAGCCCUUAUCGUCUGACAAGCGCUCGUCUCAUCAACACGCCCGCCUCUGGUAACGGGGGCGGUGCACUGGAACAGCAGCAGCAGCGUGCUAUGCAGGAUAUCGAACCGAACCACAGCCGUAUGUCGCUCGCCUCUGUCGUCUCAUCGGCGUCGACGAAGGCAGACUCGAUCCUCGAGAGCUUCCCCUUUGUCCCGCCGUCGCCAAUAUCAAAUAGGCCGAUCCGCACGCCGCCCCGCUCACCUCUUGCGCAGCAGAGUUUUGCAACAAACAGCAACACGGCGCCGCCGCUUUCUGCACGCGAGCCCCCUCCUCGGGAGAGCAUCCGCGAGGCACCCGUGUCGCCACUCCCACCCCCACCUAGACCGGUAAACAGGAAGGCAGCCGGCAUGUCCGUGGCGUCGCAAUCGUCGGCGUUCUCCACCGGGCUCGGGUCGUUCCCCUUCCAGAUCGACUCCGGGAAUGGCACCGAUAAUGCGUCGUCCUCGUCGUCUCCCCCGUCGUCGUUCCUGGGCCGCCAGCGGGCGUCACUAGACACGCUUGCGCUGACAAGCGACCUGUCGUCGUACCCGCUCAACUUCGGUAACCAGAAGCGCGACCCGCCGCCGCCAAUGCCACGGCGUUGA